AUGGUUGCAUCGAUCUGUGACACAGAUGAGUUGUCAUUUGGAAAAGUUGAUCCAUCUGCAAAUGUCACCAAAAAACGCCGCUUGUCAUACGAUUCUAGAAACAAACGUGAGAGAAGAGUGGAGACUAUUGAUAAAGCUAGCAAUAUAACUGCCUACGAUGAACUGAUACUGUGGAAUCAGAAUAAAAUGUACAGGCUGGAUUUGAAAACCCGGAAAUGCAAUGUGACAGUCCCACAUCGAGGCUGGGUACCACGUGGUACACAUCCGGGAGAUACCUUUUUUAGCGAAGAUUAUGUUGGAGCACCUGGUUAUCCAAAGGAAAGACUCACUGUUUUACAGUUCGUUUCAAAUAAAACUACAGAUAUGAAGCACACGAUUGUGUCCUCACCCGACUGUGUACCCAUUCGUACAACCAUUUUCAGUUCCACACGUGGAUUGGAAAUCUCAACUUACUAUGAUCUCAAUAUUGGGAUAUCGGACAUGAAAGUAUGGAAUCCUCCAAAAGAAUGUCAUUAAUAACGCCAUAACAUUUUUUCAGAAUCGUGUCAUUUUUGUGCUUAAU